AUGGAAGAGGCACAAGCCAUUAUAGAGCGUAUGGCCAGCCUAGAGCAAAAGCUCACGGGCGAUGUCGCCGGCCUAAAGAAAAAUAUAGGGCGAGUGGCCGAGGUGGUGAACGUCGACAUCACGCCUAGACGGACGCACAACCACCCGUUUACCGCGGAAAUUAUGGCACCACCUCUCCCCGAUAAGUACAGGUCACCGUCGAUCCCACCGUAUGACGGCAGAAGGGAUCCCGACGAUCACCUAGAAAUGUACACAAGGCAAAUGCUCUUGCAUGGAUAUGCUGAGGACAUCAUGUGCCGAGCCUUCCAAAACCAUCUAACGGACUCUGCCCGGAGAUGGUUUCGAACGCUAAAACCAAACUCUAUCUCAAGCUGGGAUAAGUUGAAGGAAGCAUUUUCCCUCCAGUUUGUAGGAGUGAAAAAAUAUGUCCCUCCAAAGCAGAAUUUGACAACAAUAUACCAGAAGCCAAACGAGUCAUUAAAAGAGUGGCUUGCAUGGUAUGGGGAAACUAUCGCCGCGGUGACGGACAUGACCGACAGGGAGGCCUUGAUGGGGGCGUUAUCUAGCAUGAAGAAGAUUACUCCUUUCAAAAGAGAGCUGAACCGGAAGCCCCCGUCCAGUUACAAAGAAUUCCUUGCACGAGUGCAAGGGUACAUCAACGCCGAGGAAGCUUAUGCGAACGACCCUGAGCACAGGUCCAACAAGAACAAAGGGACUGAGCAAGGGUCGACUGCUGGAAAGCAGGAUGGAAAGAAACGAAGAGGCGGUGGAAGCGGGGACAAGCAGCCUGCUUUGACACCGAACGCUCCAGAAGCCAAGAAGCCGAGGCAAGAGGAGAACCUCAAGCCUUGGCUAUCUGAAAGGUAUGAUUCCUACCAUGAAUUAACAAUAGGAGUCGAGGAAGUGAUUAAUCAGGUAGGUCGCGGGAACUUGUUGCGCCGCCCAGAGCCGAUGAGGUCAGAUCCCAGCCGAAGGAACUAG